CAUGGAAACGGAACGUUGACGUUUUACCGAGGUGACGUCAGAGCUGCACACCUUUCUACUAACUCCUAUUCGCCCUUGGACUUGGACACAAGUUGACCUGUGAAUAUCUGCUAAAAGCUACCUGCUGGAAGAGAUGGCCUCUAAUGGACCCCUUGUGGAGGAGGACGGCCUGCUGACCAGGAUCAGGCGCUGGAUCGCUUCUUUUGCGAGUGGCUCCUUUUGGCCUCUGCAUAAUGAGCGCCCUGACGUCGAGAGGCCCCCCGAUGAUCCUGUCCUGCCUGAUUACGAGGACGAGGACGAGGACGAGGACGAGGAAGAGGUUGGCCUUGUUUGGGGUGAUGAUGCGGACGGGCUUCAGGAGGCUGAGGCUGAGCCUCAGGGAGGUAACGGGGACGGUGAGCAGCAGGUCCCUCCGCCCUACUUUGGGCUGGGAUGGAGACAGGGUCCUGCUGCUCCUUUUCCUGUUUAUUACCCUGUUCCCUAUCUUCUUCCCUAUGCUUUCCCUCCUGCUGACCCUUAUGGUCCUCCUCCCGCUAACCCUUUUGCUAACCUUCAAGCUGAUCUUCAUGCUGACUAUUAUGGUUUUCCUGCUGACCCUUUCAUUGGCCCUCCUGCUGACCCUUACGGUCGUCCUCCUACUUUCUCUCCUGCCUACCCGUUUGGUGACUUUCAAGUUGACCCUCAUGCGGACCCUCAUGGUCUUCCUCAUAGUUUCCCAUCUGCUGACCCUCACGGUGGCUUUGAAGCCGUUGAGUAUUUUGAAGCCAUUGAGUAUUUUGUUGACAGGUACGCCUUUUGGCAACAUGGAGAGGAUGAGGACCAUCUUGAGGACCAUCUUGAGGAUUGGGACGAUGGGGACAAUGGGAUUGAGUUCCCUAUCCUGGAGGUUGAAGACAUCGGGCCAGUCUGCCAAUACGAUCCCCCUGAGGAACUCAGCGAGGCAGACUCUGGCCCCGGCCCCUCCACAAGGAGACGCAGGGAAGACAGCGACGGGGAGGAGGAGGCUGCUGCGAAGAGGCCGAGGUGGUCUGAUAACAGCGACUCGGAUUGACUCUAAACAUAGGAGCAAUCACUGAGUCCACAUUUCCCCUUCAUCACUUCCUCAUCACAACAGGACCAAUCAUUCCCGCCUUUGCGUCUGGCAGGGCUGGUGACACCCCUGGUAGCGUCUUGCACCGGGGGCUGGCCUCUGCGUCUGGCAGGGCUGGUGACACCCCCGGUAGCCUCUUGCACCGGGACCGUUGGAUUGAGGGCUGGCCUUUGUGUCUGGCAGGGCUGCGAACACCCCACGUAGCGUCUUGCACUGGGGCUUUUUGUGCAGUAAUUCCUCAUUUUUGAACGGUGGAUCGAUCGACAUUAUUUUAUUUCUUUCAUCCUGAGGGCCGGCCUUUGCGUCUGGCAAGGCCGUCAAUGCCCCAGGUAGUCCUAGCGUCUGGCAGGGCUGUCGACACCCCAUGCAUGUAGUCUUUGCGUCUGGCAGGGCGAGGAAUCUUCAGCCUUGUCUGUAUUCAAAUGAACACAAUAUUUCUUCCCACAGGGAGUUAGCUCAAAGUUGCCCAACGUUAGGUGUCCUAUUAGCAUGCCUCCUGAACGUCUUCAGAGAUAAAAAAAAAAAAAAAUGCCGUAUA